GAUGCCUCUUCCGGGAGUCCCCAGAGCCAUGACUGCAACUGUGCAGACGCUGCGUUUCAAGCUGCUGCCGCACGACACGGGCCAGGAGUGGGCACACAGCUGCCAGCAGGAAAUCGAGCGUCGCUACCAAGUGGUGCCCUCAGUGGUGUGUGCCAUGUGCUGCCUCUUCGGGAUCAUCUACUGCUUCUUCGGCUACCGCUGCUUCAAGGCUGUCAUGUUCCUGACAGGGCUGAUGUUCGGCUCCAUCAUCAUCUUCAUGCUGUGCUACAAGGAGCGGGUGCUGGACACGCAGCUGAGCGUGGAGGCCUCGGUGGGCAUCGGGCUGGGCAUCGGGGUCCUGUGUGGGCUCGUGACCAUGCUGGUGCGCAGUGUUGGCCUCUUCAUGGUGGGGCUGCUCCUGGGGCUGUUGCUGGCGGUUGCUACUCUGGUGGUGAUGGAGCAGUUUUACCACCCGCCAACGGUGUGGAUCCCCAUUGCACUCCUCCUGGGCGUGGGGAUGCUCUUUGCCGUGCUCACCCUGCAGUGGCAGCGGUUCUUCACUACGCUCUCCACCGCAGUCUUUGGCAGUGCCAUCAUGACCGUCACUGUCGAUUACUUCAUCGAGCUCUUCCUGCUGGUGCAGUACAUCUAUGAGCGCAUCAAGGUGGCCCCUGCUCGUCCCGUGUGCUGGUACAGCUGGGUCAUCCUGGGCAUCUGGCCACUGCUCACCACACUGGGCGUCCUGGUGCAGUGGAAGGUCACGGCGGAGGGCUACUCCCACACUGAAGUGAUCAUCAGCCGGCAGCAGCGCCGCGUGCAGCUGAUGCGCAUCAAGCAGCGGGAGGACCGCAAGGAGAAGAAGAAGAAGCGGAGACCCCAUCACCCUCCACCCCACCAGCACAAGGCCCACCCACCCGAGCCGGCCUACCGCCGCAAGCCCAACCCUGUGCGCCGCUUCGAUGGGGACGUGCUCUCCCCAAGUUACAUCCAGAGUUUCCGAGAACGGCAGACGGGGCCAUCCUUGAACAACCUCAUCGCCAGUUCCCACACCGUGGUGGACCUGGACUAUGACUGCAGCUCCACCGUGCCCCUCACCACGGGCUCUGGCCCCGCCGUGCGGGUAUAACCCAACCGAGUGACCUCAAGCGACACCAGCACCCCAGUCUGCCCCGAAAGACCCCCUAGGACAUGCGGGGCUGUUCCCUCAGCCUUGGAUGACCACUUGUGGCUCAGGGCUGCAGAGGCUGCGGAUGGAGAUCCUUCCUGGGGGAGCAUGGGACUCAGCUAGGCAAGCCCAGGAUGCCAACGGCGCUGGAGGUGCUGGGGAAACCCUCCGGCAGGGACUCAGGCCAAGGAUCAGGGACACAUGGACUCAUGGAGCGUGGUAUGAGCAGCUCUGCUGGGGUGGAGGGCUCCCACAAGUGCCCCAGGGCUCCCUGAGACCCCGCUGCUCCGUGUUUCCCCCUGGCCCGGGCAUGCUUAUUCUGUAUCCCAACACCUCCAUCCCCGCGUUCGAGCCCCCUUCCCCAAGAGCAGCUCCCUGUGCCUGCCCCCACCCCACCGCACCCGUACAACAACUCCCCAAGUGCCUGUGCUCCAUGUCCCUUCCUUCACAAGCGGGUCCCUAGGCCCGUGGCCCUCCAGUGAUCUUCCCUGCAUGUGCCCCCCCCAUCUCAGCCCUGCCUGUGAGCAGCUCCCAGCCCCUCUCCUAGGCAGCUACCCCCAAUACCCAUCUCCUCUGCCCCAAGCACCCUGCCUGCCCCCAGAGCAGCUUGCCUUGUUCCCCCCGCCUUU